AUGAAUCUUUCAAUCUGGUUCUCACUAUAUAUCCUACUAGGAUGCUGUGACUUUGCCAUCGCAGGAAACAAGACUGCCACCAAGAUAGACAGGAGAAAGGUUGUUCAGCAAUUCAAUCCUCGGCGCAACGCUAGCUCGACCUCAACACCGCUCCAAGUCGGCAACGGAAAUUUCGCCUUUGGCGUUGAUGUGACUGGACUCCAGACCUUUCAGCCGUAUGGGGCCCUGUCAACUUGGGGUUGGCAUAACUUUAGCUUACCUACGACGCCGGGCCAGACGUCUGUAGAUAAUUUUACAGGGCUGGACUGGUGGACUCAUGGUCGUUUGGUUAAUUACGACCAACCCAAUCCGGCUGAGAACGACAUUUCGCAAUGGCUGAUCCAGAACCCCCAGCGAGUGAAUCUAGGCAGGGUUGGACUAUCUUUCAACGAUGGGGUGGUGACCGAGGAGAUGCUCGAGGACAGGUCGCAGACGCUGGACCUAUGGACUGGCUCAAUCCACUCGACCUUUACCUACCAGGGACAGCAAGUCAAGAUCGAGACCUGGUCGGAUUCGCAGUCUGACACUGUUGGGAUCAGCAUAGAGUCCUCGCUACUGUCUAACAGGAGUAUUGGGGUAUUUUUCGAUUUUCCCUUACCGACGAGGAACAAAUUUGAUGCUCCUUUUGUCGGCGUCUUUAAUGCCACUGCCAAUCACACCACGAUUAUCACAGCCGGCCAGCGCAAUGCCAGCAUCCGGCAUGACCUAGACAAUACCACGUAUUUUACUUCGAUAGCCUGGAACCAGGAUGCCGCAAUAUCUGGUCCGGUCGAUAAAACCCACCGUUACUUGCUCACUCCUAGUGGCAAAAGCGAUACGCUGGAAUUUUCAGUUACAUAUUCCCCCGAGGUGGUGAAUCAGGUGCCAUCACUCUCCGAAAUCAGGACUUGCUCGGAGAGUUGGUGGGAAGAGUAUUGGACAAUGGGAGCUUUCAUUGAUCUCACAGCAUCAACUUCACCUAACGCUACCGAGUUGCAAAAGAUCACUAUUCUAUCACAAUACUUGGUCGCAGUAAACUCUGCCUCGUCUAAUCCGCCUCAGGAAUCUGGACUUGUAAAUAAUGGCUGGUACGGUAAAUUCCAUCUCGAAAUGGUCCUUUGGCACAGUCUUCAUUUCGCCCGCUGGAACCAGUGGUCUAUAUACCAACGCAGUCUACCCAACACUUACCAGCGCUUUCUCUCCUCCUCCAUCGCACGCGCCGCCGACCAAGGCUACGCCGGCGCCCGCUGGGGCAAGAUGACGGACCCGACAGGCCGUUCCGCCCCGGGCGAGAUCAACUCGCUGCUGAUAUGGCAACAACCGCACCCCAUGUACUUUGCCGAGGUCGAGUACCGCGCCUCCCCUCCCGCCGACAACAACCAAAGAAGCAGCAGCAACGAGACCCUAACGUCGUGGGACGAGGUCCUCACGGCCACGGCCGACUUCAUGGCAAGCUACGCGUGGUGGAACCAGAGCACGGGCGUCUACGACCUGGGACCGCCGCUGUACCCCGUCUCGGAGAACACCAACCCCAACGCCACGGUGAACCCGGCGUUUGAGCUGGCGUACUGGCGGUUCGGACUCGACGUGGCGAUCCGGUGGAAGCAGCGCCAGGGGCUCGAGGCGCCGGCCGGCUGGACACACGUCCGCGACCACCUGGCGCCGCUGCCCUUGACGACGCCCGCGCGCGAUGCUUAUGCAGUCUACGAGGGAAUUCCCGACAUGUGGCAAAACAAUACCACGGUCCAGGACCACCCGGCCAUGGCGGGCAUUUUCGGUCUCCUCCCGCCUCCUAGCAGUGGACCUCCGCUCAACAUGACCAUAGUUCAAAACACGCACGAUAAAAUUGCUAGUCUGUGGGAUAUUGGGGACUGCUGGGGUUGGGAUUUUCCUAUGCUGGCUAUGAACUCUCUGAGACUGGGGGAUAUAGACCAGGCUAUUGCGUAUCUGCUCCAUCCUCUAUUCGAAUUCGACGACGCUGGGUACCCGAUUGGCGGAGUGAGAGUUGCGACGCCGUACUUUCCGGGUUCGGGGGGCUUCUUGCUGGCAAUGGCCAUGAUGGCUGGUGGCUGGGAUGGGAAUGAGGGUUCGCAAUUCCCCAGAGAAUGGAAUGCCAAAGUUGAAGGAUUCAUGCCGGGGUUGUGA